AUGAGAGUCAUUGAUGGAAAGACAGCACUCAUAACAAUAUACCAAACAGGACCUUACAAUCUCUCAGCAUAUGGCAUAGGUCCUGAAAAGGGUUGGGUUAUAGACGGCGUGUUCCAAGAGGUUGAUAUAGAGACAGGAAAGGUCUUAUUUGAGUGGAAGUCGCUUGAUCACGUUCCUCUUUCGGCUUCCCUAACCCCUCUACGGUUAGAUGGAGUGGUUGGUGAUGGCCGGACUAACGGUAGCGCUUGGGACUAUUUUCACAUUAAUUCGGUUGAUAAGAAUCACGAAGGCGAUUACCUCGUAUCUGCAAGACAUACCAGCUGCAUAUACAAGAUUUCCGGCAAGAAUGGGUCCAUUAUCUGGCAACUGGGCGGCACUCAAUCUUCUCUCCAGCUGAGAGGUUACAAUUUCUCCUAUCAACAUGACGCCCGGUUUCAAGAGGAGAAUGAGACCACGACAAUUCUCUCUUUCUUCGAUAAUGCAAGCAACAAGCAUAAAAACACAUCAUCCACUUCGUCCGGGAAGAUUAUCUCCAUCGACCACAAUACGAACACCUCAACAUUGACCAGACAAUACCAUGCCCCUGGCAGCGGCCUGCUUUCUAUUUUCCAGGGAAACACCCAAAUAUUGCCAAACAAGAACGUUCUGAUCGGUUGGGGCAUCCAUCCUUCGAUUUCGGAACAUACCGAGGACGGCACUACAAUAUUCUUUGCUACAUUGGAAUCCCCAGAUUCACAGAAUUACCGUGCAUUCAAGGCCAAUUGGACUGCAAAGCCAAGUGACCCUCCUGCGCUUCGAACAUACAGUGCAUCUACAAACUCAGCAACCACCUUCUGGGUAAGCUGGAAUGGAGCAACAGAUUUUGACCACUGGAGAAUUCACGCCACAUCCCCUGCGUCGGACCAGUUCAUGCCUAUGGACGCGGUACAUAGCCAAGGCUUUCAGACUACAUAUACCAGUUCAAGCUACCACCCUCGGGCUUUUGCGGAGGCCAUUGCAGCCAAUGGGUCGAGUAUGGCAAAUUCCUCAGUUGUGGAUACAUCUUCAGCACUCCCUGGGUGA